GCCUUGUUGUGGCAGUAACGCUGCAAGAAGUCCGAGUUGUGAUCUCUUCUCCAGAGAACAAGGAUACGCCAGUAGAACAGCAGAAUGAUCGACAACUGCAAGAAGUAGCUUUCCGUUGAUUAUCUCUUCUGGUUGCGAAUAAGGUGAGAAAUGUAUACAUCACACGUGAAGACACCAAACCGGUGAAGACGAGUGGACAUCUUGAAGGGGACGAGCGUUAACCGCUCAAUUGCAGAAAUGGAGGCUGCAGGAGGAGAUGAGAGCAUGGAUGUGCAAGGGGAAGUGGCAGAACCAAGCUUUUCUGGACACCGACGGACUUCUGUAAAGCCAGUUUGGACUUCGCUGGAGGAAGCAGUCCUCAUGAAAACGGAAGGGAAUGUUUUCUACAGGGAGAAGAACAUUCGCUCGGCCAUUGGCCGUUAUCACCGAGCUCUGCUGGUUCUCAGAGGCCUCGACUCUGAUGUGAUGGCGUCGGUGAAAGGGUUUGGACCGGAGAUACCUGCUCUCACACCUGAACAGGAUGCUUUACUGAGAAACACACAAGUGGACUGCUACAACAACUUAGCUGUCUGUUUGUUGCAGAAGCAGAGCGUCGACUAUUCUCGUGUGCGGGACUACAGCCUGCGGGUGCUGCAGUGGCGACCGGGUGACGUCAAAGCAAUGUACAGGGCAGGAGUAGCCACUCUGGAGAUGGGAGAUGCACAGACUGCCAAACAGUACCUCACCCAGGCCUGCAGAGAGCAGCCUAAUGAUGCCAAUGUGAGAAAACAGCUGCAGAGAGCAGAGGAGAAACUGAGUCUGGAUUUACAAAAAGAGAGGGCCAUGUACCGAGGCAUGUUUCCCUGCAGCGUGAAGAGCGGAGCCGAAGAAGAGAUUAACCAAACCCACAGAGCCAGUGAAGAAGUUUUAGCCGGCCAGCUCAACCCACCAAACGAAGCCUCAAACUGAGAGACUCUGUUCAGCCUCAACUGACGACAAACCAACUAAAGAAUGUUCACACAUCUUGACUCAUGUUACCUUUUAGGUGUUGAUCAGGAGAGCGUAGGAAAGUAAGAAUAAAAAAUUACACAGAAUACUGGGAGGCGGUCAAAAUUAAACGAAAGAUGUCGCUGCUGAAAAUAGAAAGGAGAGGAUGGGAAAGUUAGUUUCCUAGCAACACGGAUGCAAGGCUGUAUUUAGUUUGGAUAUUUCACAAAAAUGCCUCUGAAAGCUAAAGUAACACUCGUAAUGCACUAAAAGUUCUGAUUAUGCCUUCAUGAUUGCAGCUGUCUGAUCAAUACUGUGAAUGCAAUUUUGUGAGUUUUCAAGUAAAUUUUUUUUAAAAAUAAA